UUUCAUUAUUCAAAUACACGUUACGGAACGAGGGCACGGGAUGCGGAUGCCUCCAGCUCCACGACGUGCGUAACAAUAGUACAAAUUAGAAUUCCAAUAAGUUAGACUAGGGCUAGAUACUAAGCCCCAUUCCCCUCACUUCCUCGACAAUAAACGAAUUCCCGACAAUCUAUGCCAAAAUGGUGCCUCAGGCUGUGAAGCUACUGCAAACGUCGCUGGGCCACUGGACGCGAACCGUUGUCAAGGUGAAGCUGCACCCCAUGGCCAAGGGGGCCCUCACAUACGCGAUCAUGUGGCCAACGGGCAGUCUGAUCCAGCAGGCGCUGGAGGGACGCAAUUUGAAAGAAUACGACUGGGCCCGGGCCCUACGCUUCAGUCUGUUCGGGGCCCUUUACGUGGCCCCCACACUCUACGGCUGGGUGCGACUCACCAGUGCCAUGUGGCCGCAGACGAAUCUGCGCACGGGCAUCGUCAAGGCCAUCACAGAGCAGCUCUCGUACGGUCCCUUCGCUUGCGUCAGCUUCUUUAUGGGCAUGAGCCUGCUGGAGUUCAAGAGCCUGGCCGAGGCUGUCGAAGAGACCAAGGAGAAGGCGGUUCCCACCUACAAGGUUGGUGUGUGCAUCUGGCCCUUCCUGCAGACCAUCAACUUCUCCCUUGUGCCGGAACACAACCGUGUCGUCUUUGUGAGCAUCUGCAGCCUGAUGUGGACCAUCUUUCUGGCCUACAUGAAAACGCGUCACUCCGAGGAGCAGGCGGAGAGCGGCCACAGCACCACGGAUCUCUUAGCGAAAUAGUCCCCUCCGUUGUUGUCGUGUUUGUUCGUUCGUGUUCCUUUAGGCAAAUUGUUUAGGACAAAAUUAGAUAGAGUUAGCGUAAA